UGGGAGAGUUAGAGCGACUGUCAUAGCCUCAGCUGCAUCCAUUUUUAUUUUUGAUGGUGCUUUGAGAUUGUUAGGAUUCAGGUCUCAUCUUUGCCUCUGAGCUCAUCUGAAUAAUAGUGAUGAGGAAAGGAAACGCAGAGGGUUGGCAGCCACAGGCAGCCCCCGAAACUACCAUAUAUAUCGGGGAGGAGGCAGGGGAGCAUGAGAGCCUGGCCUCCCCAGCUGGCCCAGCACAAGGCUGAACGAGUGGAAGUGAGAGGCGUCCGAGCUAACAUUGCUCUGCCUUCACCCCAGUGGUCAUGAGGGGUGCCAUCCCGGUCUCCAUAAUGCUCCUCCUGGUCGCUGUGUCCGACUGUGCCGUGGUCACUGGGGCCUGCGAGCGGGAUGUCCAGUGUGGGCUGGGCACCUGCUGUGCCGUCAGCGUCUGGCUGCGGGGACUGCGGAUGUGCACCCCGAUGGGGCGCCGAGGAGAGGAGUGUCACCCUGGAAGCCACAAGAGACCCUUCCUCGGGCAGCGCCAGCACCACACGUGUCCCUGCUCGCCCAAGCUGCUCUGUUCCAGGUUCCUGGAUGGCAGGUACCGCUGUUCGGCAGACCUGAAGAGAAUCAACUUGUAGAGCUCCCAGUACUCAGGCCACGCACCGGGCCUCCGCCCCCAGCACUGCCUGGACAGUCCACCAUGCUCCUGCUCCCCUCAGCUGCUCUGGUCCACAGUGCUCACCUGGUGCCC